CGUUGGAGCACGUGAAAGGAUUGCGGAGGGAAAGUCGCCCGGGUGUACGGGAGGAGCCAGUAGUUCGAGCGCCUCGAGGCGACGGUGGCAUUGGAUACCGGGUGUGCACCACGACUUUGACGCGAGUGGUCGUGGAUUCACGAGGCGAGCACAACUCCGAGUGAAGAGUGAGUUUCGUCGCGUCGAUAAACAGCGAGCGGCGGUGCCUUGAACCACGGUCACCAUGAACAUACCGAAUUGACUGCAUAACCAGGUGGUUCGGCCAGUAUUUCCAAAGGCGGCAAGAUUCGGCCACCGGGAAAGAGGCCACUUGCACAGGUGACAGUUUUUAGACUUGGUGUCACCCUCGUUUGCGGAGAACUGCGGCAACUCUAAAAGUGACGCGACCGUCAACUGCCAUUGCUUGCGAAGGGUGAUCAACAUCGCAGUGUAGAUUCCACCUCAUCGAAAAGCCGGCACUGACGCCUACAUCCUGCUACAGGUUCGACGAAGUUCAUGCGUGACACUACGCUGGUGCGACGCUAAGGCUGACCACGCUUCGUCCUUCUUCGAGUUGCCAGAGUGCACCUCACUGACUGAGGAAACAGCAGGCAGGUGCGGCUAAAGCCGCUGACUCACUCGGUCCCGCGUAUACCGGAGACGCAUCGCAAGGGAAAAGCGCUGCCGCGCGCACCAUGAUGGACACUUUAUCCAACGACCCAGAAGACGGUUCCCUGCAGAAAAAGAAAGCCAAGAAAUUCAGGCUGUUCGGCAAGAAGAAGUCUCAACCCGCGCAGCUGGACCCAAACUGCCCCCAGUGCAACCCGCACCUUCUGUUAGCCCUCGAGCAACAGCAGAGGCAGCAACAGCUCUACCUGCAGCAGCAGCAGCGGUUGCAGUACCACCACCAGCUCCAGCAGCAUCAGCAGCAGAUGCUGGCCAAGGCGGAGGCGAUCGCGGCGGGCAGAAGGCAAGGUCGCCGAGCGAUGGACGACAGUCCAGGCGCCAUCGUCGAGGACUAUGGCGACGACGAUGACGGCGACGAGAUCAAGGUGGUCGCCUCGUCAUCAACAAUGCGAGAGGGAGGCCCCUCAGCCUCCACCGUGGGUGGCGCUCGGGUGGCGUGCGACUGCCACAGAUGCCAACAGGAGCGCUCUGACAGGCAGCUCACCGUCGAGCUUCUGCCGAUGGACACGCAGGUGCCGCUGCAGAACAUGAUGCAGGACGCUGGAGUCUUGUGCGCCCUGCUCUAAAAAGAAAGACACCGCCCCUAUCCACUGCAUUCUGCGGUGCUGCCCUGGCCGUUAUUCCCACGUGUCAUGCAUUUAUGUGUGCGUGUGUGUGCCACUGUGUAGUCCGAUAUGUGGCACCGGUAUUGUUUAUCACACUCGUGUAAGCGUAUACAGACACGGUGUGGUUUCUAUUGGGCCGACACCGAGCACAGUUUCAUUGUUUCAAUGGGCAUCAAUGUUCGCGUACAUUCUGGUGUCUCGGAUGUCGGUGCGUCCGCGAAAGUGCACGAAAAAAUCAGAUUUUCCCCAUGAUGUAAAAUUCUCGUGGUGCUUGAAUGUCCGGUCAGCAAAAAAAGAAGCACCGGAUGUCACAGCUGCGCGCACACCGGGAUUCUUUUGUGCACUUGUGUGUCACGAAAAGUGACGCUUGAAGAGAGGCUAAAGGAUAAUAUUAUGUGUAGCUAGAUUGAAACAUUAGACUUUUGUAUUAACAAAUUCGUUUUUCGUAGCGAGAACACAGCUUUUGUAAGCGAUAAAAUAACUAAAAUACAUAAUCGGAGUGGCGCCACCUGUUGUGGACUGUAGUACCUCUCAUGUGAUGUCAGCAAUGGCCGAUUCACAGAGGGAGGCGUAGAGGGAGGUCACGUGGUGAACACGUCAACUCGUCCGUUUCGGCGCGGGCGGUUCAAGUUCAGGAGCAGUAGCGACACCUUCAGCGGCAAUUUUGUACGCAACACAAUGUCAUAUUGGCGCACAGAAACAAUAAUAGACUUGUAGAGAAUAAUCUAUCAAUCUAGCUGGACCUAAUAUUUUUUUAAUGCCCCUUUCAAUAUAAAGCCGGCGGGUCACAUUCACGUUGUUCUGUUGCCAUGAGAGCUGGGAGUACUGGCUGUUCUAAUUUGACAUGUUCCGCGGUCGACUUUCAAGGCACACCACCUGCGCAGACGCCGCGACAGCCACACAUGGUGUUUCGAUGGCCUGUACCAGAUCAUCGCGGCAACGCUUCAUAAAGGCUGCGCCCGGGUGUGGCAAUUCUUUUGUGGUGCACGCAGAUAUAUGUGCACACAAUGAGCCAUCACUGCAGUGCAGCAAGCUGCAUUGAAAAGAUAACAUCGUUGAACGAUGGAAAUGUCAACUAAUGUCUGUAAACCUCACGCCAAAUUUUGGCAUGAAAUAACUAGCUUCAUUGGAGCCUCAAAAUUACAAUCUUGCAGCUAAGUACUUUUGCGGAACUAGCAGAUACUAUGGUGAAGCAAGAAGUUCAAGUUAGCCCUCAACAGAACAGAACACAGAGACACUAGAGAUCAUGACUCAAGUGAUUGUUUACAAAAAUAGAAUAGUUGAAAUUAACUGUAACCUAUUGAAGUCACUUGAGCACUAUGACUUCGAAUGUGUCUGAAAGGUAAUUUAAGAAGAGUACUAUACGAGUUCGUUCUUGUGCAAUAGAAAUACAAUUCGUGCACAAAAAAAAAUAUGUGGUAAUCCUAACUGGUGGUGCCCUGGUGAAACAGUCGUCGUACAAUACUGCUGCCUAUUCCCGUGUACAUGUUGGCCACUCCGAAAUUGUGGCUCACCAUUGCUUGCACAGUGUGUACUCAUCCAUCCACGGCUCACAUGAGCAAGCGUUAGAUUGUUGCCGUAAUAUCCCCAGUAUUGACAGUGUAAUUUCUAUUUUAAAGUGAACACGACAAUUUUUCACAGGGAAGCUAGGCGCCUCACUAUUAGCAGUCCAGUAAAAGUUCAAGCAGGUGAAUAUGCAGCGAAUAGCUGAAUACAACCUCCAUUUUUCGGCCCCGAACCACAGACAAUAAAAUAGGCAUCGCGUCUUUGAAUACCAAGGCUCCGAACAACAACUACACUACAUUAGCGACAUCACAUUCGCGUAUAUAUUCUGCAGUUCACCGACCAGAACCGACGCUGCCGCCUCUAUGUGUGGAGGUUCACAUGGAAGCACCGCACAAUUUUGUACCUGCCGCAUGGCGCUUGGACUCGUGUAGCGUGUUCUUAAAGUCACCUUUUCGCGUUUUAUAAACGACCUGAGACGUUGCACUUACCACCAGUCUAGCGCGCACAUUGUGUUGACGUAGGGCACUUUGUACAGGAAGAUCAACAAAAUGAAUAAAGAGAGCUGCCGCAGCGCACGAGCUUCGUGGUAAGCGAAUGGCGGUGCAUACAACACGAUGGUUAUGCGUUAAGCUGGUAGAGCAGGGUAAGUAACCCUAAAACUUGGAUAAAGUCAACUUGACAACGGCUUGCAAGAAUACCGAGCACACGCGUUCUUCAAGGAUGGGUUUCUUCUGUGUCGCGCGGUCUGGAGAUUGUUUCAGCUUGACACGCAAGUAUUACCUUUUGUAGUGUUACCGUCCCUCUGAUACGUAGCGAAAAGCCGCAGUUCCAUUAGCGAAACCAUGGUGAAGCGGUUUUCGAUGAAAACCUUCAGUACUCGAUCGUAUAUUAAAUGCGUGACCGAAUUCCGGUCUUCACAUAGUAUUAAGGCUUUCGAAGUGACGCAUCUACAGCGCUUCUGCCUCCAAGAAGAAGCAUCCGACACAAUAACGUUUACAAGCUAGAGCACAUUUCACUUCAACAUAAGCCGUACGCGACCUCUCCGCUAGUGCUUCGACGGCAGCCUACGUCUCGGCAUGGGGACUUCAGUGCGCAACAAUAAUACACCCCUGUUCAGUGAAGUGAUGUGCUAUCGCGGUUUGAAAAAUGUUGUGGGGUAUGUUACGAUUGCAGGCGGCAGUACGUAACUUUCUUGUUGUUGUUGUGUCUAUUAUUACGAAGACCUGCCUCAACGGCCCGUUAAACACACAUUGCUGCAAUGGUAAGAUGAUAUACAGUGCGAGUCGUGUUCUAUUAAAAUAUAUCCAAAUGUUUGCCUGUUUACAGAACAUAACGUAAGCAUUUUUGACGGGUCCGGACAGUCCAAGUAGGUUUAACUGUGUGUCUUCUCUAUGUGCUCCUCAGACAUUGCAGGUGUCUUGCUGUGACAGAAAACAAGGAGUCCAGCGUCUUCCUACAGUAAACUGGUUGAUUACAAUCAUUCAGAUGUGCACUGAUAUAAGCAGCCUCAUAUUCUGUGGACUGCCAAUUGCGAGAGCAAUAACUUGCAGUCGUAUAGACACCGUAAGACAGCCUAUUGACCGCGUAAGAAGCCGUUGUAUAAACUGCGAAGAACCACAUAUAAGGAAUAGUGCAAACCUUUUCCUCAGAUGGCUGUCGUUCAUUAAGCAAUGCAGAGUAGGUUGGAGAAAGGAUAGUUUCCUUGCCUGAAAGGCGUGACAGAUGCUGGAGAAUGCAAGAUUACGUCUGAAUCCGUAACAUAGUAAAACUAUGUUACGGCCUCAACUCACACGCGAUCGUGCUGAGCUAACUACGAACCAAGUUUUCGUUACGCUUUCCGCAAAACUGCACAGCGCAUAGCAAACAUUUUCAGGCUUCUCAGGGUGCUCAGCAGUCCCACGAUUUACGAAUUUACACUUCAGGCUGUAAAUAAUUUUAUUGCGUGUAGCAGUGAGCUCACACUACCUCUACUUUGAGCUAAGCAGUCGUCGAAAACUGCGUAUUAAUUGUGACCAUUUAGCGCACACCGAAAGGUCUGACGCGAGAUUUUCACAGCAACAGCUAUGAAACCUUAUUUCAUGCAGUUUUUGUGUCAUCUGUCGCAGCUAUCGUCUCGUUUACUUGCCAUUAGCAGUCAGGAAAGAAGAGAACUUCUCUUGUCACUAUCGAGGUGCCGAUCUUAUAUAAGGUUGAAGGUGUUAACCUUGGAGGUCACCUGCAACUCUUGACGUGCAAAGAAAUCUUUACUGUUUAGCGUGAGCUCCAGGUUACUUCAGUGCUUCCUCUAAAGCUUUCUCAACGAGCCUCUAAAACACGUUGCACGGAAAAACAAAUUCUCAUCAUCGUUUGCUACUUUUGCGUUGUUUUCAUUGUGUUGAGAGAACCGACCCAGCUGAGAGAAGCGAUCGCACAUUCGACUCCUGCUCAGCGGAGAUAACACAGCAUAAGCCGCGCGAAUACAUCUACCUGAAUGGCGAGUUGGGCCAGUUGGUUGAUAUUCAUCGUGAGAGUAGUGUUCAGUGCGACAAGAUUAAAUACGGACAGAAAAAGAAGACAAACGCGCUGACGGCGUGUCAGAUCUUUUGUCACCUUAUCGCGCUGAGUAUUGCUUCCACCUUUACGUGCGCAGCCGCGUAAUGUAACAAUAUACAAAUGCGCUUCAGUCGUGCAUCAUUUUAUCGCUACACCACGACAGAGACAAUGUGGUACAGAAGUUACAUGAACAGGGAUAAAGUCCCUAAGAAAGCCACUUCUUGACACGAGAGAGAUAAGCAAAUUAAGAAACGUCGAAGAGGUUACCCUGAGGUACACCGACAGCUUGCUUCGCUAUUAUAUAGGUAACACAUAUGCGACCAAGCAAGAAACGCAUUCAGCACUACGGGGCUGGGAUAACGUAACAGUUCUAAUGAAUUAUCAUUGGUGACUUAUUAGCGGUCUCGGUGAUUUAUUCGUGGUAUCAGCGAUUUAUAAGAAGCGAUUUAUCAGUGGUCUGAACGGCGCUCCUCCUAUGUGCGCCCGCGAGCAAAAAUAUACGGGCCAUAGGUUCGCCGAAAAAUAAAAGUUAAUUUACUCAUGAUUCUGAGGCGCAAACGGAAAUCGACGAGUCUAGCGGAAAGUGCGCAAUACCAAAUUCGUACUGCAGUCUUUAAUUUCAAGUUGAAUUCCUAGGCGGAGAGGAAAAUCGACCUAAUUGAAGAUUCCCUGGUCCGCGUACAUUUACUCAGAGGUGUACAGUCUUUGUCAAACGUAUGCGGCCUGCAUUGCCUGCGACCGCCAAGCUGACUAAAGUCGGUUCUUGUGGUGUGCCACCUGUUCUUAUUCCUUCAGGAAUGAAAAGAACUUUUGAAUUCACCAUGCAAAUGUCCCGCGUUUCAGGUGCGCCACUACGCAGCCUGCGUACAUGAUGAAGGCUCGUGCUUUUAACGAAGUAUCGUCAUCGCUAGUAUUGCCUGGUCGUAAGUGAUUGAGUAAUAACGAAUAAGUAUAACUGCGUAAAAUGAACCGUUACACUGUACAGUCUUGCGUUGUCCAAGGCCCUAAGUAAACAUACACCCCAUCCCUAACGCAUAUUAUUCCGCGUGGUCAAAACCCAAUUGCUCUGCCGUCUACCUGUUUGCAACAAAUGAAAUGCAGUUACAAGUAUGUACGCCUCUGAAUGACACGGAUUCGUUUUUUUUUCCUUGCAAGCGGGUGCUGUGUGAAAGAAAAUACCAUGGCGUCGAAAAGCAAGUGUUUCACGAGACGACCUAAGAGAACGUGUUUGAACGGACCACUCCUCGUGAAUGUUGUUUGGCCCACGAUAAAGAUGUUUAAUAAACGUUAUCGAGUGCAUUUUAGUGA